AUGCUGCUUAUUGUUUGUAUUGUUAUCUUUUCAGAACAAGUUCUGGAAAGCAAGGUGGCGAUGAGUCUUUUGUUGGUGAAGGUUUUACAUAUUGGAAAGAUAAAAAAAAGUCUUCAUACUCAUGUUGGACUUCAUGAUAGUGCACAUAAUCAAGCUCGCAUUAAGUGUGAAGUGUUGAUGAAUCAAGAGCAACACAUUCAAUCAGUUUUCUACAAACAAUCAGAACAAGCAAGAAGUGCAUAUGUUACACGUCUUAAUGCAUCCAUUGAUUGUGUCCGAGUUCUUUUGCGACAAGGGCACUCAUUUCGAGGUCAUGAUGAAUCUGAGGAUUCUCUCAAUCCAGGUAACUUCUUAGUGCAAUUGCAAUUUUUGGCUGCUCGUAAUGAAGCUAUUAAUGCCGUUACAUUGGGAAAUGCUCCUCACAAUUGCAAAUUGACAUCACCUAAUGUUCAAAAGGAUAUAGUAAAUGCUUAUGCUAUUGAAACGAUCAAUAUUAUUAUCAAAGAUGUUGGCGACUCACUAUUUUCUAUUCUAGUUGAUGAAUCUCGUGAUGUGUCAAUGAAGGAGCAAAUGUCUAUUGUUUUACAUUAUGUAGACAAUAGUGGGCAUGUCAAUGAACGCUCCAUAGGGAUUGAACAUGUUACAAGUACCACGGCUCUAUCACUUAAGGCUGCAAUUGAUAAGGUAUUUUCUAGAUAUAACUUGAGCAUGUCUAGAUUGAGAGGACAAGGUUAUGAUGGAGCAAAUGUACUUGCAAUGAUUGUUGAAGAUGAAUCUUGUUCUUGUGAUCAAAGAUCUGAUGCACCAAAUUUAUUGGAGUUGAUACAAAAACUUGAUUUUACAUUUAAUCUACAGUUGAUGAGAAGUGUCUUGGGGAUAUCAAAUGAACUGUCAAAGGCAUUGCAAAGGAAAGAUCAAGAUAUUGUGAAUGCAAUGCAAUUGGUGAGAUUGUGCAAACGACGACUCCAAAUAAUGAGAGAUGAAGGGUGUGACUCCUUUUUGGAAGAAGUAUGUUCUUUUUGUCAACAACAUUAUAUUCAUAUAGCCAACAUGGAUGAUAUGUUUGUACGCCUUGCACUUCGUGGUUGCCCUCAGCGUAAUUCUCUAGAAAUUACAAAUUUACAUCAUUAUCGAGUACAUUUGUUCUAUUCCGUCAUCGAUUUACAACUUCAAGAAUUGAAUGAUUGUUUCUCGGAGGUAAAUACAGAGUUACUCUUUUGUGUAGCUUGUUUAUGUCCACAAGAUUCAUUUUCUUCUUUUGAUAAGAAAAGCUCGAUUAGACUUGCUGAGCUUUAUCCAUUAGAUUUCUCUGCAGUAGAUGUCAUUGUACUUAACGAUCAAUUUGAGACUUAUAUUUUUGACAUGCAUUCUAACAAAGAGUUUGAAGGGUUGAAUGACCUUGGUGAUCUUGCGAAGAAGUUAGUUCUGACAAAGAAAGAUAGGGUAUAUCUAUUGGUUUACAGACUUUUGACUUUGACAUUAAUUUUACCGGUUGCUAUUGCUAAUGUGGAGAUAGUCUUUUAUGCAAUGAGUAUUGUAAAGGAUAGAUUGCGCAAUCGGAUAAGUGAUCAGUGGAUGAAUGAUAGCACAAUUGUUUAUGUGCAUCAGUUUUCGUGGAUUUUUGUUUACGAGGUAUAUGAAUUUUUGAAAGCUGUUCUUGAUCAGCAAGAAAUUUUUAUUGAAAAUGAUGACGACUUUAAUAUAUACGAUUAUACACAAUACUUUUCUACUGACCAAAUAUGA